AUGGCUGCUGCUUUCACCUGUACCUCUCUUCCUCCCCUUUCGCUCCGUUCAAACACGAGAAUCGCAUCCUCGGCCUCGGCCUCACUCUCUACUCGUCGACUCUUCGCCGUGUCACCCCAAUCAGGAGGAUUGAGAAUCCGUCUUUCCCAGUCUCCGUCCUCGUUGACCUCGAUUCGCCCUAGGGUUUCUCGAUCACGAAGAGGCGUCGUCUGCGAAGCUCAGGAAACUACUACUGACUUUUCAAUAGUCAACGACUCGACGUGGGAUUCCCUAGUUCUCAAGGCGGAUGGGCCUGUGCUUGUCGACUUUUGGGCACCAUGGUGUGGACCUUGCAAAAUGAUUGACCCUCUAGUGAAUGAGCUAGCACAACAGUACGCCGGGAAGGUCAAGUUCUACAAACUAAACACCGAUGACUCUCCUGCAGCCCCAAGCAGCUACAAUGUUAGAAGCAUCCCAACGAUCAUGAUCUUUGUCAAUGGCGAGAAGAAGGAUGCAGUCAUAGGUGCAGUGCCCAAAUCCACACUCACAUCUAGCAUUGACAAUACUGUUUUCUUGGUUAAAGGCAUAGACAUGGAAAAAUAA